AUGGUUUUACCUCGAGAUGACGCAACUUCACAAGAAGAAGUUAUCUGCGGUUACGAUAGUUUAACGGCAUGUUCUUCCGAUGGAGGCAGACAUUGCCAAACAAUAAACGGCGUGAAAGCCGAAUGUAAAGACGAUUGA